AUGGACUCCUAUGGGCCGUCUCGAGUCCGGCGACAGGCUUCUCCAGAGUCGCCCGGCAGUCCGGAUUCGGAGGAGUUCGCAAACCCUUAUCCUCGGGCCACGCGCGAUCGAUGGCCCCCAGCGCCGCCCCCGCCCCCGCCCGGCGGUUAUGCGCAAAGCGCUUCGUCCGGCCAAACCUUCAAUGGGUUUCCACCCGGCGGUCAUGGUGCCUACGCGCACCCAAGCGGCGCUCUCCAGUCAGAUCAGCUCAUCCGGCACCCGCAUGCCAAUCCUGCGCCCCAGCCGUAUGGCUAUCCCUAUGGAGCUCAGUUCCAGGGCCCCCACGGUGGCGCGAUGCAUCCGUUCUAUGCGCAAGACCAAGCACUCCCACGACACCCUUCUCGCCAGCCACCCCACGCGCCCUACAUGGCUCCCCCCUCGCCAUUCGCUGGGUCUCCCUUCCAUCACGAGAUGGUGGCUUAUGCGCCCAAUGCCUACUACAACUACCGCGACCCUUACGCUAUGAUGCCUGGAAUGCACCCACAAUCUUAUUUCCCACAAUACCCACACGUUCCCACCCCAACCCAACAACCGGAGGCACCGCCUGCGCCGACUCCUGCACCUGCGCCUCAAUCUCCAGCUUCAGCCCCGGCUCCCACCCCUGCUCCGCCACCUGCUGACGCAGCAAAGGACGAAGCAAUUGCAAGGCUGGAGAAAUUGAUUCUGGAUGAACGCACAGAACGAGAGGCCAAGGAAGCCGCUCGGGUUGCUGCGAUUGAGCGAGAGGCCGCCGAAAAAGCUGCCCGUGAGCAGCAACUUGCUCAUGACAGAAAGAUCGCUCAAGAGGCCGCCGCUCUAGCCCGAGCGGACGCUGAGAAGAGAGCGGCAGAAGAGGCUGCUAAAGCCAAGGAGGAAGCCGAAAAAGCUGCCGCUGCCGCUGCCUCAGAGGCCGCUGCCGCUGCAACGGCCGCUGCUGCAGCUGCCGCAGCGGAAGCCGCCAGCGCGGCGGCACCUGCGGAGCCAGCUCCCCCAGAGAAGAAGAAGCCUAUCAAAUUUAAAGAUGCCGUGGGCAGAAAAUUCAGCUUUCCUUUCGAGCUGUGCGCAACAUGGCAGGGGAUGGAAGACUUGAUUAAACAGGCUUUCCUCCACAUCGAGGUCAUUGGACCUCAUGUUGCUGAUGGGCAUUAUGAUCUUGUUGGCCCCAAUGGCGAUAUCAUUCUCCCCCAGGUCUGGGAGACCGUGAUUGAGCCAGACUGGAGCAUAACCAUGCACAUGUGGCCGAUCCCUGAGAAGCCCAAAGAAGCCGACCCUCCUCCUGCAGAUCCUCCGCCUGCAGACCCUCUCAAGGAAGCCGCUCCAGCACCUGCGGAGCCCAAAAAAGACAAGCCACCCGUUAAGAAACCUCGUGUCAAUCCUGGUCAGCCUUCAGGCUUUGCCAGUUGGAUAGUGGGCGGGCGGAAACCUCCCAGGCCAAAAGCAGCUCCCAAGACGGAGAAAAAGCCCGAACCCGCCUCGUAA